CGUCACACUUCUAUCGUUGGUCUCGUCUGAAAAAUUCCUAUAUUAAAGCAUCAUGGGCUGCUUCAUUGGAAGUUGCGAUCUCGGGAUUUUCCGAUGGGCACUUUUUUUCCUCGAUCUUCUCUUUUUUACUGGUGGAAUCAGUACAGUUGUAGUGGGCGCCGAUUUUUUAAUCAAUGUGCAGCGAGUUGAUGAUUUCAUUUAUGAAGAGAUUAAAAUCGUGGCCAUAAUUUUGACAUCAAUUGGAGGAAUCACUCUCUUAGUAUCCUUUUUGGGCUGCUGUGGAGUGAUUAAAAGCUCGGCGUGGAUGUUGAACAUGUACGGCGUAUUCCUUUUCAUCCUCUUUGCAGCCCAACUGGCUGGCGGCCUCUUAGCAUUCUCAAACAAGGACCAAGUCGGGUGGCAGUUCCACGGUAUACUAAGAAGGCUGGCUACGAAUUAUUACAUCCCUGGUUUUGGAGGAGAUCAGUUCGCUAAGGACGCCUGGGACAAAAUGCAGAGCGAACAAUUUUGUUGCGGCGUGGAUUCCUACAGGGACUGGAUGACGAACAGGCCUGAGCUGCAACCCGCAAUCGCUCCUGAGUCGUGCAAUUGCACCAAUGAUCAAGACGGAUGCGACCCCAGCCUCCAGAUUUUCACCAUCGGUUGCUAUACAAAGAUUCAACCCCAUCUUGACCAGAUGAUCAAUAUCCUCGGAGGAGUUGGUAUCGUAGUUUCUCUUUUUGAGUUGAUUGCCGGAGUGUUUGCCCUUUGCCUUUCAAAUUCAAUUUCAGACAGAAAAGGAAGAAAGCAUUCUGAUUCGCCAUAAUUUCACAUGGUAUUGGAAAAGAUUUCUAUUUUAUGUGAAUAUGUGAAUCAUUUUUGUAACAUUUCACUUACAAGUUUAAAGAAAUUGUGCGUUGUAAGUAACAUUAUUUAUUCCGUUGAAAUUUUUUAUAAAUUAAAUAAAAUCCCUUUCCUCCAACUUCUUGGUCCUGUAAAUCAUCAAAAUGUUUGGCUCAGCUUGUGUUGAGUUGUGUUAAUCUUUUGUUUUUUAAUCUUGCCGACACGGAAGUCCGUCUUUCUUUCUUCCUUGCACGCAUAUACUGCAUGCUAAAUGAAAACCUGCCUCGGCAACCCACCGACCCCCUGCAGCACAAAAUCUGAUCCUCCUGUCCAAAAUUACUUUCUUCUCCCCCUCGGGCCACGUUCAAAGACUUAAAAUAUUCAUCCACGGUUUAUGAAUUGCGAGAGAGAGCAAACUCCCUCCUCUCGCUGCGAAAGAAAGACGAGAGGAGCCGCAGCGUUUUUGGCUCAAGGCGCAAACAUUCCUCGGAAAUAAUAAUAAAAAAAAAGAAAAUCCACAGCAGAGAAAAAUUCGGGCAGAUGUAAUUAUAAAAUUCGGGUGAAAAUAUAUGUAUUGGAAGGAAAGGCGUGAAAGGGCAGUGAUAAUUCCAAGUAAAUAAGGGAAGCCAUUUUCGCAGCAGCAUUUUCACGUGGCUGCGCAACAGCAGAGCAGCUAGAAGAGAUCUUCUCUGGCUGGUGUGCAGUUGCCAGGGCAACGGUAGCUACAGCGAGAGAGCACAUCGAUCAUCUCGCACUCCUCUCUCGUGUAACAAGGAGCAACGCUAUGUAACGAAAAAAUAAAGUAUUGCCGCCGCCGCUGCUGCCGCCGCUGGAAAGGAACCAACCAACCCUCCACCUCCUCCCUGCUCUGACGUUUGAAACAAACAGAGGCACAAACUGCGCCCGUGUGAUAAAUUUCACCAAAAUGGGGGACUUGCUGCAACCGAGCUCAACAGAUACGAGAAGGAAAUGGAUAAAAAAUGACGACGAUUCAUUUCAAGCGAGAGAGAGUUGGAGUCUCAAGUCUCGCGCUGUGUACGAGGAAAAUCGAUAAAACAAGGUGGAAAACAGCUAAUUUAUAGAGGGAGAGACCAGAGACCCAGGUGUGCCAAUUUGGAUCAAUAAAAUUGUUGGAGGAUUGAAAAAAUUAAGCUAUUAAUUAGUCAAGUAGCUUUUCACUAAAUAUUUGAAGCGAAAUUUUCUAAAAAAAAAUAUAAACAGAAAGACUUCAAAUUGCUCUAAUUAUUAAUUAAAACUAUAAAAAGUGCUCAAAAAUUACAAAUAUCAGCCUAACUUAAUAGUUAAAUUUCACUCAAUGGAUGGAUUUUUUUAAGCAACUUUCUUAUUACGAAGGUUUUUAUAUUGACUGUUGAUCAUUGUUGUACUCUUGUGUACAAAAGGACUCCUUUAAUAUGUAAAAAAAGGACCACAAGAACCUCUUUGCUCCUCGUCAUGAUUUUUCUCCGGGGUUUUAAGCAGAUUGUGCAAUUCUAGAGUAAAAUUAUAAGACACUUUUUAGAAUUGAACCAAUCGUUAAAUUUUUUUAACCUCCUUCCUUUAUUGCGAUCAAUUUUUGUGUAAAAUCUUUCACAGUCAUCAAAUAAAAAGUUGCUCAUCACCUAAUUA